UACUAUUAUUAUUCUGCGUUAGUGCGAGUUACUGACCUACUUAACGAUAUUUCCAUAUUAUAGAUUGUUUCAAAUUUUGUUUAGUCGAUUACGAAUAGUCAUUAGAAAAACAUCUCUAAAUUCGACUUUUAUAGAUUCUAUAACAAAAAUAAUAAUUUGCGUUGAUUGUUUAACGAUAUAAAAUGUACACUGUGCGGUUGUAUAGGUAUUACAUUAAUUGUUAUUUGUUAUUAUUUAUUUAUUGCAUUAUACGACUCUAACGUAAUAAACGAGUAUCAUUAAAAAUUUAAUUUUCUAACAACUAAAAUGUAACAUCUGCAGGUGUUUAAAAUGUCAAUAAAUUACAUUUGUGUAAUUCACUAAUUGGUAUGGUGAAGUUGUACUACCGAGCUCAGAAAAUACUCAAAAUAUCAAGUCAAUAAUUCAAAAUCAAAUAAAUCAAAAUGGAUAAAAGGCUAUACAACAUUUGCCUAUUAGGCUUAUCAUUCAUGUUUCUUUUUGCUGCAUAUCAAACAAUAGGAAAUAUCGAAGAAACUUUACUGAAAAGCGUGCAAAGUGACUAUCCUUCAUUUACCGGCGAUGGUUAUACUAGUUUGUCAAUUAGCUAUUUUGUAUUCGCAUUGGGUAAUUGGAUUUCCCCGUCAAUUGUCAAUUAUACAGGGUGCAAGAUAGCUAUGAUUAUAGGCGCAAUUUGUUACACUAUGUUUUUAGUAUCAUUUCUCUGGCUGUCUUCGUUUUUACUGUAUCUUAUGUCUGCGGUACAAGGUUUCGGUGCUGCAAUUAUUUGGACAGGACAAGGAACGUACUUAACACUAAACUCUGAUUCAUUUACAAUGUCUAGAAAUACAGGAGUAUUUUGGUCACUAUCGAAUAUAAGUAUGAUUUUAGGAAAUACAUUUGUGUCUCUUGCACUUCACGAUAAAGAUGAUUUUGAUGAAUCGACCAGAAAAUUUAUAUACAUUGUACUCAUAGUUGUAAGUGUACUCGGUACAUUAUUGUUCUUACUUUUACGAUCUCCUGUGAACUCAGAUGGGACUGUGAACGAACGAGUUGAAACAAUAAGUUCUAUUCAGGAAAUCAAAAACACUAUGUCGCUUUUUUUAACCAAAGAAAUGCGCUUAUUAAAUAUAACUUUUUUUUUUACUGGUUUACAUUUGUCAUUCUAUGCUAGUGUCUAUAGUUCGAGUAUUGGAUUUACUAAGAGAAUGGGUUCCAAUAGUAAACAGCUUGUGGGAUUAUCUGGAAUAUUGAUCGGCGUUGGCGAAAUCUUAGGAGGUUUGAUAUUCAGUGUUUUGGGACAAAAGACUGUUGUCAACAACACUAACUCGAAAGGAUUAAGCCAUUCAGCAGUAAUUGCAUUAGGUUUUAUGGUAAAUAUCGUAGCAUAUGGUUUGAUAUUUAUAAAUUUACCGAACGACUCACCAUUUGGCGAUACAACUGCAAACGCAUUUAUAAAUCCCAAUCCACACCUAGCAAUUUUCUGCAGUUUUCUUUUGGGUUUUGGCGACAGCUGUUUCAAUACCCAACUUUACAAUAUAAUUGGACUAAGGUAUUCUGAAAACAGUGCUCCACCCACGGCCUUAUUCAAUUUCAUGCAGUCAAUAGCAGCUGCUGUAAGUUUUUACUAUAGCAAUUAUUUUGGAAUAUAUAUCCAAAUAAUAUUAUUGAUGGUCUCAUUAACUAUGGCUACUUUGUCUUUCUUCAAAGUGGAAGAAUCUACUGAUAAACGGUAUUAUGAAGAAUUAUAAGAGUUAAAUGUUCUCUAAGUGAAAUCAUUUGACCUAUUGUACGCGUCAAGUUAUUUAUGUAUUAUAUUCCAUUCAUGUUUCGUGAAGUAUUUUAUGACUUAUAAAAUAUAUUAGCUGUACAUAACAUGUAAUAAAAAUAAAAAUCUCAAAUCUGGCAUACCAAAGAUAUAGGUACAUAAUAUUUCAU